AUGUAUUCACCAAAAAAGAAGAGGACGAAAAAGAAGCCGACGACGCCGCAGUCAAACCUGAUUCCGUCGCUUCCCUAUGAUUUGCUAUUGAACUGCAUCGCACGCACCUCAAGGUUGAACUAUCUAACUCUCUCUCAAGUCUCCAAGAGCGUUCGAUCUCUCCUCGCUUCACCAGAGCUUUACAAGGUCCGGUCACUCUUGGGCCACGCCGAGAGAUGUCUCUAUGUGUGCAUAAACACAGGGUCUUAUGAAGAGACCUGGUACACCCUCUGCCGGAAACCUGAUUACGAAACCCUAACCAGUAGUAAAGAGAGGAAGACGUCAAGUAGGUAUGGUUUGGCUACACUACUCUCAGUUCCCCAUUCUCCUUGCAUCGAGACAUUAGGCGCAUUGUAUAGUUUCGAAACCGCAGGUAUUGACGAAAAGUUUCACGAGGCGACUCGAAGCUAUAUGUGGCGUUCAGACUGGUCACACUGCGAGAUAGGGAACGUUUUGUACUCUGUCACUAGGGGGGUAAAUCAGAAAAGUAACAAAGCUCUCAAAUGGUAUGACACUGAGGAAAAAAGGUGGAGAAAAUUGGAGCGUUUGGUAGGACUGCCUGAUUUACCUGCUGAUGCUCGUGUUAGGUUGGCUAAUUAUGGUGGAAAGAUGGCCGUUUUGUGGGAGUUUGACCACUUAAUUCCUGGGAGUUGGCCUAGCAACCUUACUAAGAGGGUUUGGUGUGCGGUGAUUGAACUUGAAAGUCUCAAUAGCUGUGAAAUAUGGGGCAAAGUUGAGUGGUUAGACAAUGUGGUUACCGUCCCUUACUCGUAUCAGUUGGCCAAGGUUCUUGCUGUUACUGUUUGA